CUUGUGAAGAAAGCAGGCAAAUGGCAAAAUCUUGUGUGGAUUAGUGCUGAACGCAGUCUUCUUGAAGUUGUUAGAUUGCUGUCUGCUCAUCGUGUUCACCGGAUACCCGUGCUUGAUCCUGACACAUUUGAUCCUGUCUAUAUUCUUACACACAAGCGUAUUUUGAAGUUUAUUUGGUGCUUUGUGAGUAAUUUGACAAUCUUAGUUCUCGAUGUUUAUUCUCGUUUUGAUGCCAUUGGAAUAGCUCUACAAAGCGAAGGGUUCAAUCUGGAAGUGAGCGUGAAGGAGGCUCUCCAGUUCAAACACAUUUGU